AUGUCUCAAAUCAACUCGGAUCGAAUGACAGACUCGAUCCUUGACAACCAAGUUGUGGGGAGGGAAGCUGAUGUCUCUGAAAUGGUGAACUUGCUGAGUUCCUAUGACCAACGAGUUCUAACCGUUGUUCCCAUAGUGGGGAUGGGCGGUUUGGGAAAGACAGCCUUAGCUAAACUGGUGUGUCAUAAAGCUAUAGAAAGAAAUCUUUUUGACGACAAAAUAUGGGUUUGCGUUUCUGAUAACUUUAAUGAACAAAAAAUUUUGGGGGAAAUGUUGCAAACUUUCAAUGUAAACACGGGUGGAGUGACCAACAUGGAUGCAAUACUUAAAGAGCUUAAAAAGCAAUUGGAGGGGAGAAAGUUUCUACUUGUUCUUGAUGAUGUGUGGAAAGUUGCGCGUGAGACGUGGGAUAAAUUAAAGAAUCGUCUGGUAAAUACUAAUAGAAACAAUGGAAAUGCUAUUGUUGUCACAACUCGCAGCAAAGAAGUAGCGUCAAUUAUGGAGACUCCUAGUUCGUAUAGGCAUGCAUUGGAUUUCUUGGCAGAUGCUGAUUGUUGGUCCAUUAUCAAAGAAAGGGCGGCAGUAACAUCAAUCCCUGCAGACAUGAAGGCCAUUGGAAAGGAGAUUGCAGAAAAAUGUAGAGGAGUGCCGUUAGCUGCAAAAGUUUUGGGUGGGAUGAUGGGUUUCGCAAGGGACAAGGAGGCAUGGUUGUCGAUUAGAAAUAGUACUGUUUUUAAUGCCUCACAUGAAGAGGAUAAUAUUGAGUCUAUAUUAAAACUGAGUUGUGAUCACUUGCCUUCAAAUUUGAAAAAAUGUUUUGCAUACUGUUCGAUGUUUCGGAAAGAUUUUGAGUUUGAAAAGGAAGAACUAAUUUGGCUUUGGAUGGCUGAAGGUUUUGUUUUGCCAUGUAGUGAAGAUGAGGGCAACAAGUAUUUUAAUGCCUUACUUCAAAAUUCAUUUUUCCAAGAUGUGGAAAGGGAUAAAUACGGGGAUAUUAAAGGGUGCAAAAUGCAUGAUCUUGUGCAUGAUCUUGCAUUAUCUCUUUCAAAGUUUCAGGAGGAGUAA